CUUCUUGCUCCAGCAAGCAUCUUGGUGUGAGUGGAGGGUGAAGAUGGCGGCGGUGGGAACAGUGCGGUCUCUGAGGGUCCUGAGACUUUUGCCUCAGAUUGCGUCCCGCUGCUUUAAGCCAUGUCCGCGACUCCAGCUGGACCAGGCUGUCCACCAUCACCCCUCACUCUGCAUCUCUCAGCAGUGGAGAGCCUUCAGAACGAGCUGUGUGGCAUCUGGACAAGUUCUUCAGUUCAAACUGUCAGACAUAGGAGAGGGCAUCAUGGAGGUGACCGUAAAAGAGUGGUAUGUGAAGGAGGGGGACAAGGUGUCGCAGUUCGACAGCAUCUGUGAGGUCCAAAGUGACAAAGCAUCGGUCACGAUUACAAGCCGUUACGACGGAAUCAUACGCAAGCUGUACUACGAUGUGGACGCUGUUGCCCUGGUUGGAUCUCCACUGGUGGACAUCGAGACAGACAGGGAGCAAGAGGGCGCUCCUGAGGAGGACGUGGUGAAGACGCCAGCGGUGUCACACGAGCACACGCACCAACAGAUUAAAGGCCACAAGACCCAGGCUACACCUGCCGUACGGCGCCUAGCCAUGGAGAACAAUAUUAAGCUGAGCGAGGUGGUGGGGACGGGAAAGGAUGGACGCAUCCUGAAGGAGGACAUCCUGAACUUUUUGGCCAAGCAGACAGGAGCCAUUCUCCCCUACGAUGACGUGAAGCAGCCGGCGCCUCCAGUGGCUCCGGCCAUAGAGAAGAAACCAGCCCCGAGCCCCCCGCCUGCUGUUCAGAGGCCUGUCUUCACGGGGAAAGACAGGACAGAGCCCCUCAACGGCUUCCAGAAGGUCAUGGUGAAGACCAUGACUGCUGCUCUGAAGAUCCCACACUUAGGUUACUGCGAUGAAGUGGACCUGACCGAGUUGGUGCGCUUGCGCUCAGAACUGAAAGGACUGACUGAAUCUCGGGGAGUCAAACUCAGCUACAUGCCCUUCUUUAUCAAGGCGGCUUCACUUGGCCUUCUGCAGUUCCCCAUUCUCAAUGCUUCAGUCGAUGAAGGCUGCCAGAACAUCAUCUACAAGGGGUCUCAUAACAUCGGCCUGGCCAUGGACACCCCUCAGGGCCUCUUGGUGCCUAAUGUGAAGGGCGUGCAGGCUCUGAGUGUGUUUGAUAUCGCAGUGGAGCUGAACCGCCUUCAGGCUCUGGGCUCAGCAGGAGAGCUGGGCACGGCUGACCUGACCGGGGGAACCUUCACGCUCUCCAACAUCGGCUCGAUCGGAGGCACCUACACCAAGCCGGUGAUUCUGCCCCCGGAGGUGGCCAUCGGCGCUUUGGGAAAGAUCCAGGUGCUGCCCAGGUUUAACUCCCGUGGCGAGGUGGUCAAGGCUCAUAUCAUGAACAUCAGCUGGUCAGCUGACCACCGGGUCAUCGACGGGGCCACAAUGUGCCGCUUCUCGAACCUGUGGCGCUCUUACCUGGAGCACCCGUCCUCCAUGGUCCUGGACCUCAAAUGAGAGCCGCUUCCGAGGACGCUGGCCGGAAGCGCCCUCUUCACUCAGUGCUUAGGCGCUUCUUCACUCAGUAGGGUCACUACAUUUGUGUUGUUUUGUCUCUCUCGCUGCUAGAAGGGACUCCGUGCCUUUGUCGUAAUACCUGUAUCGUGUGAAAUUUUCACCUAGAAGAAAAAAACAGAGAAGCCUUUUCUUUAGUCGCCUUCUUUUGCAUUAACGGAAAAACCAUAUUCACAGUGUUUUACUUUACCUUGAACAUCCAAUCAAGUUCUGACACUGUGUAUGUGUGACAUACAUACUGUUAUCUAUGAUGAGACACAAUCACAUCGCAUAGCUAAAAACAGCUGCUACCUGGACGCCUGAAUUUUCUCUAUUUGUGUCCAUGAUAGAUAACAGUGUCAUACAUUGUCAGAAGCUACAUAGGUCUGUUUAUGAUUACUGAAAUGAUUUUCUUCAAGACUUACUUUAGUCUUUGAGAUGUAAACAGUCAUUCAGAGUGGUUUAACGUAAAAUGGUUUCAUAGUAGAGCAGCUUAGACUUUGAUUCUUCACAGUGGUGCUGAUAGGAACCAGCUGAUGCCUACAGCUUUAUUUCCUAUCCAUAACAACCAGAGAACCUACACUACUUCUGAGUUUGUAUAUGUAAUGUUGAUAACGGCUAAGUAGCAGUAAAUAUGAAAAAAUAUGUUUUAACUGGGAACUAUUUUGCCUUAAAAUGCUCUGCGUGUAUCUUUACGCCAUGAGUACACUUGUAAAAAAAGAUGGUUCUUCAGUGGCUCUUUAUAGAACCAUUUUCUUUAAUAAAGAACCAUGAACACUCAAAGAACCUUUUGCAUGAUUAUAGAGUUCUUCGCAUCAUGAAAGGGAUUGAUUCUUCAGAUUGGUGGAGAAUGUGCCAUAGAUGGUUCUAUAAAGAACCUUUUUGAAAAGGGUUCUUCUAUUGUUACGAUAUUAAGCUUGUUACAAUAGAAGAACCCUUUUUGGUGCUGUAUAGAACCAUUUUCAAAACGAUUCUAUAAAGAAGCAUCUACAACGUAUUCUCCACCAAUCUGAAGAACCAUUUUACAAUGCAAAGAAACAUUUAAUCCUGCAAAGGGUUCUUUGAGUGUUCAUGGUACUAUAUACAACCAUUUUCUUUGCUGAAGAACCCUUGAAGAACCAUGUUUUUUAAAGUGUAGAUUUGAAAUUGUAUUGUUGUCACAACUUAUGUUUUUUUUGUUAUUUUUCCUCUUUUUCCAUAAUUUGAAAAUGCCAGUUAACCUUUUCAUUCUGUUAAAAUCUCAUUAUGAUUGGACUUACAGGUACUGAAAAAAAUCUAGUUCCAUUAACUUCAAUUCAAAGCUGAGUUUUUGCUUCUCCUGUAAAGUUACCGUUUUUCGGGAUACGAGGUUUUGUUUCCGACGGUGGUGAUAAGAUGACGUGUUUUAGAUCAAAACGUCUUCUCAGAACAAUCGUAAAACAAUGAGUGCGUUUACAUGCACUCAAUAAUCUGAUCAUAAUCGGAUUCCUGUAGUUACCUGAUUAUUCAAAUGGUCACGUAAACAGCACACUCUGAUUGCUUAGAUCAGAAUAAGGUCUAGAAAUCCUAUUAAGAAAUCUGAUAAAGAGGCUGGAUUUUAGCUCAGUAAUCAGAUUUCUCAGUGCAUGUGAACUCUUACUCUGAUUUCUUUCCGGAUUUCUCAGUCUGCAUAUGUGUGAAAACAGACAGCGGUACCGGAAAUAAGCGAGCAGCGUCGCCGCGAGACGCAGCAAAGCACUUUUGGAGCGACACUAAAACCGACUACUUGACGAAAUGAUUUAAAUAUUCUUCAUCUUCCAGAUGAUGUAUGUUCAUACUUUCAGGUAAAGUGGCGUUGAUGUUUUAAAAAUAGCUGCGGGCAGGAAGUCUGAGUUUUGCAUUACGCUUACGUCGUGUCUUCUUCUGUGAGUUUAUUGCCUGGUUGCAAAGCAGAAAUCUGAUUACUGUCUGACUCAUGUAGACCUGGAGUUUCCCAUUAUCUAAUUACUCAAGUGCAUAUUAACACGUUGAUCGGAUUACUGACAAAAUCUGAUUUUCUGCCGUUGUCAGAUUAUUAUGCGCAUAUAAACGCACUUAUUGAUUGAUCAUGCAGUGUUUUUAUAACCAUUUCAUGUAGUAACUUCCUGUGAAGGAAACUCUUCAGACGUCCGGUUCCUAUCAGCACCACUGAGCCACUAGUAAACACUUCUGACCCAUCAAGUUUCUCUAUUAUGACACAUUGAAUGGUCACAUCUUAACGGUUUAAUUAUGCAGACGUUUUGUAAAAUUGGUGGAAUUCCUCUCUGAGACUAGCAUAUAAUGACACACUGCUGAUUAGUAGUGUAUACGCUUCCGUUACUUGUUAGCCACACACUUAAAAAAGAUGGUUCUUUGAGGGUUCUUUAGUAAAGGCAAUGGUGUAUUUAGAACCAUGGGUUCAAUAUAGAACGUUUUGCAUGCUGAAAUGCUUCUUUGCAUGGUGAAGUGGUUCCUCAGAUUGAUGGAGAAUGUGUUCUAUGUAGCAACAAAAAGGGUUAGAACACAUUCUCCAUCAAUCUGAAGACCCAUUUCGCCAUUUCACCAUGCAAAGAACCAUUUAAGCAUGAAAUGGUUUGCAAAGAUCUCAUGGUUCUAAAUGGAAUCAUUGCCUUUUACCAAAGAACCCUUGGAAGAACCAUCUUUAAGAGCGUACAGUAGCCUCGUAGCUCCAGUGCAGAACUAAGGGAACACACUUCAGACAUGUAUAGGCUGAUCGGUUAGAUGUGGUGCAAGUCCAGUUAUUCCUGUAAAAUUUGUUACACUAAUAAUAUCAGAAAAUGCUUUUGUUAGGAUUGUGCAUCCUCAACGUGCAGCUAGUGUAUUAAAUUUCCAGACCUUUUUGUAAGAGGUUUUGAUUUCUUUCCCCUUUGACUCCAUUGCUUUGCCUUUUCCUUCUUUUUACGAGACCUUGAAUGACCUACAGUCUGUAUUGUUACCGUAAACUAUAAGGCUGCAGUUGUCUGUAGGAGGGGGAGCCUGAAGUGGACGUAGUAGAGGCUGGCACGGGAAGGUACUUGGAUGUGAAGAGAACAGUCCAACACUAUGCUGCCUCAUUGCCUGCUGACUCUCUCUGACACUUCAUCCUCACAACGAGUCACUGUACAACUGACAGUCAGCUACUUCAUUUGAAACCACUUGGCAAGGCAGAGUGGACACUGCCGAACUGUGAAUGGACAUUGUUACGUGGGAAGCGGCGUCACUUGACAAUGCUGCUGAGGGAGGCAAUGUGGGAAGACUGUGAUUUCUAUGGUGGGAAUGAAUAAUGACAGAUUGUAUGAAAAUUAAAAGUAAUUUAAGAAAAA